ACCCUUUUGCUAUAUCUGUUACUCCAUUUCUCGAAUUCUCUUCUCUAACAAGUUCGAGUUCAGCAGCAACCACUUCAACCAGCCUAGCCUGCCCUUCAGAGGUGAGGGGGCAGGAAUGAGAGACAAAGCAUGGAAGACGAGGAGUGGGGCGUGGCCACCACGAUGCAAAGACUGACUGCGCCUGCGUAGGCUGCGGCAAAAUAACGCUCUGAGGCUUGCAGUCGUUGCUGGCCAGCGUUUGUGUAGAAAGAUCGCUCUUCACACCAGAUUUCACUUUUGAUCCUUCCAGCUCCAGGGUCUCGGGCUUCAGCUUUGUGCCGAGGCACCAACACUGCUGCGGUCCUCUCUCCGACUGAUCGCUGAUCUCACCGUUCCCGCUCCUGUCUCCUGGAACCAUGUCUCUGGUAAGCCAGAAUGCACGCCGCUGUAGCGCAGAGAUCACUGCAGAUUACGGCGACGGCAGAGGUGAAAUACAAGCUACUAACGCCUCCGGGUCCCCCACUUCCAUGCUAGUCGUUGAUGCCCCCCAGUGCCCUCAGACGCCAAUCAACUCUCAGUGUGUCAACACUUCCCAGGCCGUUCAGGACCCGAAUGACCUGGAGGUCCUGAUCGACGAGCAGUCCAGACGUUUGGGGGCGCUCAGGGUCCAUGACCCUCUAGAAGACAGGUCGAUUGCUUUGGUGAAUUUCAUGAGAAUGAAAAGCCAGAAGGAGGGGUCUAUCCAGCAGUCCGAGAUGCUGGAGUUUCUCAGAGAGUACUCAGAUCAGUUCCCUGAGAUCCUCAGACGAGCCUCAGCUCACCUGGACCAGGUCUUUGGGUUGAACCUGAGAGUUAUUGAUCCUCAGGCUGACACCUACAAUUUAGUCAGCAAACGGGGUUUCCAGAUCACCGAUAGGAUAGCGGAGUCCCUGGACAUGCCAAAAGCAAGUCUCCUGGCCCUAGUCCUAGGCCACAUCCUCUUGAAUGGGAACCGAGCAAGAGAGGCCUCCAUUUGGGACUUGCUGCUAAAAGUUGAUAUGUGGGAUAAGCCUCAGAGGAUCAACAACCUCUUUGGGAACACAAGGAACCUCCUCACUACUGACUUUGUGUGCAUGCGAUUCUUGGAGUACUGGCCGGUGUAUGGCACUAAUCCCCUUGAAUUUGAGUUCUUGUGGGGCUCUAGAGCCCACAGGGAAAUCACAAAGAUGGAAGCCCUGAAGUUUGUGUCAGAUGCCCAUGAUGAAGAACCCUGGAGCUGGCCAGAAGAAUAUAAGGCCCUGGAAGCUGACAAAACCAAAGAAAGAAGCCUGACUGCUGGCUUAGAGUUCUGGUCGGAGGACACUAUGAAUGAUAAGGCAAAUGAUUUGGUCCAGUUGGCUAUUAGUGUCACUGAGGAGAUGCUGCCUAUACAUCAGGAUGAGCUAUUGGCUCACACUGGCAAAGAAUUUGAGGAUGUGUUCCCAAAUAUCCUCAAUAGAGCUACUCUAAUUCUUGAUAUGUUCUAUGGGUUGUCUGUGAUUGAGGUUGAUACCAGUGAGCACAUCUACCUCCUUGUCCAGCAACCAGAAUCAGAGGAAGAGCAAGUGAUGCUAGAGAGCCUGGGGAGACCCACUCAAGAAUAUGUAAUGCCAAUCCUAGGUUUGAUCUUCCUGAUGGGCAACCGUGUCAAAGAGGCCAAUGUCUGGAACUUGCUUCGAAGAUUUAGUGUGGAUGUAGGGAGAAAGCAUUCCAUCACCCGUAAGCUUAUGAGACAGCACUAUCUGGAAUGCAGGCCACUGUCCUACUCUAAUCCAGUUGAAUAUGAGCUUCUAUGGGGUCCUCGAGCUCACCAUGAAACCACCAAAAUGAAAGUCUUGGAGUACAUGGCCAGGCUCUACAGAAAGCGACCACAGAACUGGCCAGAACAAUAUAGGGAGGCUGUGGAAGAUGAGGAGGCCAGAGCCAAAUCUGAGGCAACUAUCAUAUUUUUCCUUGACCCCACGUGAAGUCUAGGGAAUAUGUAUCACUUCAGCUGAGUGGCAUAAGUUAAAGAUGCCUUGGUAAAAUAGGCAUUGGGGCUCUAAAUUAGAAUCCAGGGAGGGCUUGUGUGGGAAGUACAAAUUGUGCUUGCUGUCUGUGUUCCAAUUCUAGUAGUAUUUCCUUCCUUUUAAUAUACUCUUGGAUUAGGUUAAUGACCAAUAUUUAUAAAUGGAAUUUUUCAUUUGCCAUCCCGGUCUUGUUUCAGCAUAAAAGUUCAGACAGCUCUGUAAAAUGUAUUGAUAAUAUUUACAUCUUUGAAAUAAUCAGUAAAAUGGUCUGGUACAGGAGUUAAAUAACAAUGACACACACACAACAAAACAAACACAAAACCACUGAUCUGUGAUUGCUCUCCCUUUGUGUCUACUGCCGUAUACAUAUAUACAACUAUAUAUACACAAAUAUAUAUAUACACAAAUAUAUAUAUACACAAAACUGUCAUUUACCUGUAUUUGCAAUAAAAGCAUAAUGAAUUAGACACUAUGCUUG